AUGAUAGCGCAAGAAGGUCAAUCGGGGAUUGACGCUGUCGUUUGCGAUGCGGCAAAUCAGAGCGAAGAAAAUGCUGCUCGCCAGGAGAGUCGGAGUUUGAUACCAUCGGGCAGGCAAAGCAAGAGGCCGAGGACGCGCAGCCAGGGCCCUGUUCGACGAACUGCGCAGGAAAUUGAGUUGGAGUUAUACAAUUUGGAUAGGUCUGGAUUUCGCCUCCCCUACGACGGUCCGGAGCUCACGAAACCUCUUCAGGGAGAAUGGGGAUAUAACGAGCUUCCGCGCCACAAGCUCUACUACUGGACUCCAAGCGAGUGGCCAUCCAAGCCAGCUUUUCUGUCGGAUGACGAGUACAAGCGUCUAAAAGAGUGGAAACGUCCCAAGGUCAUGAUCCCUCUUUGCACGGUGGACGAUGCAGUGCCCCAAGCAAUUGAAGAAACGGUAGAUUUCAUGGGCCGAGCGAUGCUAAACGGGUGGAACACACCUUGAGUGUGUACAUCUAACUAUGUUUUAGUAAGUGCUAUCAUGUUUG